GUUCUCUGUUCCGUACCGUAUCGUAACGUAACAACACGGGUCUCGCUCUUCUUAUAUUUUGGUGUUCUGUGAUACAAUGCUUGUAAACAACACAUUGGCUUUGCUGGCAAUGUGUAAUUUAAAAAUCCUUUUACGCACUUUGUGAUGAAGAAAAGUCUUAAUGCGAAUUUUAGAUGCUCGUUUGCAUCAUUAUUUCAACUGCUCCCCGUGUUGCAUGAGAAAGUGCUACGAAUGUUGGAGUUAUUGGUUCAAAGGAUAGAUGCAGAUUAACGACAAGUAUCAAACGUAGAUUCCAGCAGUUUCCUCCGUGAAUGGAAAGACAGCUACAUAUAUCCAUUACAGCAAAUCCAAAGGCCCAGAAUACCAAAUUUGAGGCAUUACCUCUCACCAUGGACAAUGCAGAAGCCAACAGCUUUCACCCAACGACCGAGAGCAUCAAGGCUCCGAAACAUGAGUUUAAGUCGGCUGGGUAGUUCCAUGUACAAAUCGUACCAGAACCUUUUGCGAAGAUACCCCGUCGGAGUACAAGCCGUCCAAACGUCGGUAUUUACUGGUGUGGGCGAUGUUAUUGCGCAGCUAUUCGUCGAAAAGAAGGAAAUGAAGGAUUUUGAUGUAAUGAGACUUCUACGUUUUGGUGCCAUCGGAGGCAUUUACAUCGGUCCAGUUCUGCGAACGUGGUUUGGUUUCCUGGAUUCCAGAUUUAAAGGCAGGAGUGCGAUAAUCGUCGUGAAGAAGGUUGCACUUGAUCAGCUGUGCUUCGUUCCAGUUUUCCUAGGCGUCCUAGUGUCGAUAAUUGGAUUUGCAAAUGGAAAAUCUGUAGAUCAGAUGAAAGAGAAACUGGAAGCAGAUUACCCGGAUAUUAUGAUGACUAACUAUAAGAUAUGGCCCUUGGUGCAGACUCUAAACUUCUCCGUCGUGCCAGUCCACUAUCAGGUUCCCCUGGUCCAGGUAGUAGCCGUUGGCUGGAACACGUACAUGUCUUGGAAGGCUCAUCAGCCAGUUCAGAAGAAACAGGAACUCGCCCACGUCGAGUAAUUACUGCUGGGAUGUGGCACGGCAGCCGUAUCCCUUGGGAUCUGUAAUGCUCAAGUGUUCGCUGUGAAACGAACUUUAUCAGUGAACUUAUCUGCAUUGUCUCUGUGACCUUCAAAAGGACAGCCGGAGAUAACAUUUCAGAGUACAAAAUUACAAAUUACAGGAAGGUCCUGAUACUAAAUACAGUAUUCCUUGUACAACACGCUAAAAUCAUGGAACCAAGAUUUUUUACCCACUUCAGAUUUGUUUUGUCAGUUAAAUAAAAGCACGAUAUUAUCUUUUUCCAUUAAAUAGCUCACGAGAUUUCACGUUA